AUGCUGAGCCAGAAGAGCAGGAGGUCCAGCCUUUUCCCCAACUACAAAGUUGGGGUGAGCACGACCGAUAACCAAGACUCAGGAGUGGAUUACAGCUUUCCGUUCGCCAAGGACAGCUGGAUCAAGCAAUGGACUUCCAUGGAGGACGUGACCCGGGACAUUUACGACAUCUACGCUGAGUACGGGGAAGAGGAGAACCAAUCGCCCACCAGGUUCCCCUCCCCUGCCAAGAAUUACAUGCUCAACAUCAAUGUGGGGGGGAAGGUGUACCAGAUAUCCUCCAGGGAGGCAGCAAGGUACCCCAAAACCAGGAUUGGGCGGCUGGCUAUAUACACGGACCACAACAGGAAGCUGGACCUCUGUGAUGAUUACACGGUCCAGAACAACGAGUACUUCUUUGACAGGGACCCAGACAUUUUCCACAACAUCUUCAACUUCUACAGGACAGGCAUGCUCUGGAUUAAAGAUGAACUGUGUCCCCGGAACUUCCUGGAAGAGAUAAACUACUGGGGUGUUCGCAUCAAGAGCACUCAGCGGUGCUGUCGGAUCGCGUUCGAGGAGCGGCACGACGAGCUCAACGACCAGCUGAAGGUCCAGCAGGAGCUGAGGGAGGAGGUGGAAAAGGAGGAGAACGACGAGCUGUUUGACGUCAUGGCCAUGGGUCAGGUCCGCAGGGCCAUCUGGCACCUGAUGGAGAAGCCCUUCUCUUCCGUCAAGGCCAAGCUGAUGGCGGUGGCCUCCAGCUUCUUUGUGCUGGUGUCCCUGGUGACCAUGUCCCUCAACACGGUGGAGGAGAUGCAGAACCACUCGCCCGCAGCCCUGAACGGGAAGACCUACGGCGAGUACACAGAGAGCUUCUGCAUCACCUUCUUCACCAUGGAGUACCUGCUUCGGCUGGUGUCCACGCCCGACCUGAAGCGCUUUGCCCGCGGCAUGCUGAACGUCGUGGACCUGAUGGCCAUCCUGCCGCAGUACCUGCAGGUGGCCCUGGAGUACACGGAGGGCGAGGACCUGGGGAUGCAGGACAGCGACAUCCGGACCGUGGGGCAGGUGGGCAAGGUGGGCCAGGUGCUGCGCAUCAUGCGGCUCAUGCGUAUAUUCCGCAUCCUGAAGCUGGCCCGCCACUCCACGGGCCUGCGCGCCUUCGGCUUCACCCUGCGGCAGUGCUACCAGCAGGUGGGCUGCCUCUUCCUCUUCAUCGCCAUGGGCAUCUUCACCUUCUCCGCCAUGGUCUACACCGUGGAGCGUGACGUGCAUCAGACCAACUUCACCAGCAUUCCCCAUUCCUGGUGGUGGGCAGCUGUCAGUAUAUCCACAGUGGGAUACGGAGAUGUGUUUCCAGAGACACACUUGGGCCGGCUGUUUGCUUUCGCCUGCAUAUCAUUUGGGAUCAUCCUGAAUGGCAUGCCCAUCUCCAUCUUGUACAACAAGUUCUCUGACUACUACGCCAAGCUCAAGGCGAACGAGGACACUUCUCAUUUCAAAAACCGAGGCAAGGUGCGGUUUGUCAGAAGGGCAACAAGGAAAAUUCAAGAGUUGUUCUCCCCAGAGACUGUACCAGUGUUCUACCCCGAGAAUGUUCCAGUGUUCUCCCCAGAGAAUGUACCAGUGUUCUACCCAGAGACUGUACCAGUGUUCUACCUUGAGAAUGUACCAGUGUUCUACCCCGAGAAUGUACCAGUGUUCUACCCCGAGAAUGUACCAGUGUUCUACCCAGAGAAUGUUCCAGUGUUCUACCCCGAGAAUGUACCAGUGUUCUACCCCGAGAAAGUAGCAGUGUUCUCCCCACAAACUGUACCAGUGUUCUUUCCAGAGAUUGUACCAAUGUUCUACCCAGAGAAUGUUCCAGUGUUCUCCCCAGAGAAUGGACCAGUGUUCUCCCCAGAGAACCUGUGUCACCUGUAUAAAGUCAAAACGGAGGUAGGAUGA